AAGCCGGGGACAUCGCGGCAUCCUUCGGCUUCGGGCUAAACUCCGGCGCGCCUAAAUUCCAGGCGCUGCGGAGGCCCGAGAGCCUGAGGGUUUUACCUGCGGAGAAAACGCAGGUGUCGGGCUGAGCACGGAGCUCCUGGGUACUGCCAGCCGAGGUGCUGAGGCCAGUCUGGGGUCCACUUAACACACUGCGAAUGCAACUUCCACCAAAACGUGUCAAGUCAAGGGGUGGAUUUUUUUUUUUCUUUCCCUAAGGAAAAUGCCCGCUGGUCCGCUUACGUGCGAGGCUAACGAGCCCGCAGGGCGCCGUGCCCUGUGGCACUCGGACUGAGGAGGCGCGAGGCUCUUUGCCCAUAGGUGCCACUAAGGCGCGCUUUGGAGUCGGGAACGGAGGAGCCACAGGUGCAGCCCGACCCUCCCCGUACUCAAGUAAGGAUGCCUUAGGAGGAGAACUAUGGAUAAAUAUAUCAAAGUACGGAAGAUUGGAGAAGGAUCCUUUGGGAAAGCAAUACUUGUCAGAGCUAAAGAAAAUGGCCAGCAGUAUGUCAUUAAAGAAAUAAACAUCUCUAAGAUGUCACAUAAGGAGAGAGAAGAAUCAAGGAGAGAAGUUGCUGUUUUGGCUAACAUGAAACACCCAAAUAUUGUCCUGUAUAGGGAGUCAUUUGAAGAAAAUGGUUGUCUGUACAUAGUGAUGGAUUACUGUGAAGGAGGAGAUCUAUUUAAAAAGAUAAAUGCCCAGAAAGGAAUCCUGUUCUCUGAAGAUCAGAUUCUGGAUUGGUUUGUACAAAUCUGUUUAGCACUAAAACACAUACAUGAUAGAAAAAUCUUGCAUCGGGACAUAAAGUCACAGAAUAUAUUUUUAACCAAAGAUGGAACAAUACAGCUGGGAGAUUUCGGAAUUGCCAGAGUUCUGAACAGUACUGCAGAGCUGGCACGCACUUGCAUAGGAACACCGUACUAUUUGUCACCUGAAAUAUGUCAGAACAAGCCUUACAACAAUAAAAGUGAUAUCUGGGCCCUUGGUUGUGUUCUCUAUGAAAUGUGUACACUUAAACAUGCGUUUGAAGCUGGUAACAUGAAGAACUUGGUCCUGAAGAUAAUCUCUGGGCCUUUUCCUCCUGUUUCUAUGCAUUACUCCUACGACCUACGUAAUCUGCUGUCCCAGCUAUUUAAAAGGAAUCCCAGGAAUAGACCAUCAGUAAACUCCAUAUUGGAGAAAAACUUUUUAGCCAAACGGGUUGAAAAAUUUCUCACACCAGAGCUUAUUGCAGAAGAAUUCAGUCACAAAAUUUUCCACAAGUUUGGACCACAUGCUUCACCAGCUCAAAGACCAGUUCAAGAACCAACACUGACUUCAGUUGCACCAGCUCAGAAAAUUACCAAACCUGCUGCAAAAUAUGGAGUGCCUUUAACUAUCAGGAAGUCUUGUGGUGCACCUAAAAAGCCUAAUGAGAAGAAGCCAUUGACUAAAAUUAGACAGGAACCUUCAAAAAAGAAAAGGUUAGAAUUGCCUGAAAAAGAAAAGCGCCAGAGAGAGCAGAUCAGUUUACCGAAGGCAGAUGAAAUGAGAAGACUGGAAAAAGAAAGGAUGGAACGAAUAAACAGAGCCAGGGAACAAGGAUGGAGGAAUGUGCUUGGUUCAGGUGGAAGUGGUGUUAAGGCACCAUAUUAUGUCGGUGGAGGUGGUGUUGGUCCUUUUCCUGUGUCUUCCAGAGGACGCUACGAACACUAUCAUGCUAUUUUUGACCAGAUGCAACAGCAAAGGGAAAAUGUCUUCCGAAUAGCUGAAGAGAGGGAAGCCAAGUUGAGAGCUAAACUACAAGACCGAGGAGUUGUUGAAAGAGGAAUUCCACCUGGAACACGUCCAGGAGUUCCUAAGGGACCUGCAGGUCAUCACCAUUUACCCGAUGUUGGUGCAGUUAGGAAAAAAGUGAAAAGAUUGAAGGAGGUGUCUAAACAAGCCAAUACAAACAGGCAAAAAGGAUGGAUAGCUGCAGAUAGAGCAAAGCAAGUUGAAGAAUUCUGGCAACGAAAGAGAGAAGCCAUGGAAAACAAAGCUCGAGCUCAGGGACACAUGGGUACACUGCAAAACCUGGCAGAUACCUAUGGAGGCAGGUCCAUUUCUGCAAGAGGAAGGAAAUCCAGAAACAAGGAGGAAGAGGAAUAUUUGGCAAGAUUGAGACAGAUCCGGCUACAAAACUUUAAUGAACGUCAGCAGAUUAGAGCAAAACUUCGUGGAGAUAAGACUUUCACUUUGCAGAGUGAAGCUGCCAGUUCUGACGGACAGGACUCUAGUGAGGAAGCAGAACUAAAACGCAAGAAGAUAGAAACACAGAAGGCUCAAGCAAAUGCUCGUGCAGCAGUUCUGAAGGAGCAGUUGGAGCGAAAGAGAAAGGAAGCAUAUGAAAGAGAGAAAAGAGCCUGGGAAGAACAUCUGAUUGCAAAAGGGGUAAAGAAUCCUAAUGUGCCUUUUCAUAUGGAAGCUACAGAGCAUAGUCCUAUGAAUGGACUACAAGAGUCUGGAGCAGCUCUUCCUAAGCCACAGCUUCCAGUGAAGCCUGGUGUACCUGUCAUCUCCAUGACUUCUGCUUUGAAGGAAGUGGGUGUGGAUGAACAUGUAAUAACUGCUGUCCAGGAGUCUGAGGAGGAAUUGAAAAAGCCAGAUUUUGCAGUACAAAACAAGAGAGAAAUUCUGAGAAGAUUAAAUCAAAAUCUUAAAGCUCAAGAAGAUGAGAAAGGAAAAAAGGAGAGUAAAAAUACCUCUGAAUCAGCUGGAUCUGAAGAUGGUAAGGAGCAGCAAGGUGACCAGCCACUUCUGGGAGAUCGCAAAAAAUGGGAAUCUGGGGCCUCUGAGUUGGUCGUUCCUCUAGCUCAGCUGUCAAUGGAAGAUUCUUUCUCUGGAGCAGAGUGUCAAACUCUGGGAGAAGUAAUUAAGUUAGAUAUUGGUGAACCUCACAGGAAAGUCUGGGGCAAAAGCCCAACUGAUUCAGUUCUGAGGAUCCUAGGAGAAGCAGAGCUGCAGCUGCAAACUGACAUCCUUGAAGAACAAGAUGAGAUCAAUGGUACUGCAGAACUUCUUGAAGGAGAUCAUCAGUCUUUAUCAGAGGAGAAGGAAGAGAAGGCUUUUUCUCCUGUUGGAGCUCAGUCUGCAGUACCAGUUGGUGUUACAAAGUCUGUCAUAACUGUACCAGAAGAAUCUCAAAGAACUGGACCCACCCUGGUGCAGAGCAACGCUAUUGUGCUGGAUGAGCCUGAUGAUCUGGAAGCAGAGGUGCUGGAAGAAAUGGAAGAUAAAAUGCACCAGAGUAAGGAGAAUAAGGAGUUCCCUAGCACUGUUAAUGAAGUGUGGGUAAAAGAGAAAGAAGAUGUGGCACAACAUGACAGAAUGAAUGGGGCAGCUUCAGAGAAAGAAGCACUCAACAAGGUGCAACCACAGAAGGAAGCUCCAGCAGAAACUUGUUCCAGUGACUGUCAGCAAGCUGAACCCUUAUUCCAGAGGGUAAUACAGCCCACAGCUGUACCAACAGCCUCACCAGUUCUGUCAGCUCAGUCUUCACAGGAAGAGUCUUUUGUACCUCGUUCACGUUCCAUAUCACCAGCAAGAAAUAAAGGCAAAAAUUCAUUGUUGAUUGGACUUUCUACAGGACUUUUUGAUGCAAACGACCCAAAGAUGUUGAGAACAUGUUCACUCCCAGAUCUUUACAAACUGUACAGAACUUUAGUUGAUGUUCCCAGUGUAGCAGAUGUGCAGCAUCAACAUAAUCUUGAAACAGAUGAUACAGAAGAUGAGCAAGCCAAAGAAGGACCCUCUGACUCUGAGGACAUUAUGUUUGGAGAGACGGACACAGAUUUGCAGGAGCUCCGGGAUUCAAUGGAACAGUUGCUUAGGGAGCAGCCUGGUGAGGAACUGAGUGAAGAAGAGGAGUCUACUUUAAAGGCUAAUGCCAUGGAAUGUAUAACAAAUGGUACUGAGCUGGAUGAAGGAGAUGAAAAUAACCCCAGCAGUGAAAGUGCUCUUAAUGAAGAAUGGCAGUCAGAUAAUAGUGAUGGAGAGAUUGCCAGCGAAUGUGAAGAAUGUGAUAGUAUCUUCAGCCAUUUAGAAGAGUUGAGAUAUAAGCUGGAGCAGGAAAUAGGCUUUGAUAAAUUAAUUGAAGUUUAUGAGAAAAUAAAGGCUAUACUUGAAGAUGAAGAUGAAAAUAUUGAUGUUUGUUCAACUGUAGUUCAGACUGUUCUUGGAAAUGAGCACAAACACCUGUAUGCCAAAAUACUUCAUCUGGUAAUGGCAGACGGAGCCUACCAAGAAGGUAAUGAUGAAUAAACCUGACUCAGGAAAUUCUUAGUGCUUAUUACACGCCGGUGUCCAAAGUCCGCACAGCUGAACAGCAAAUUGUAGUGGAGAAUGUGACAUUGAGCAGGAGAGGCAAGACUUCAAAAAAGAAUGCUGAUUGUAUGAAAAAGAGAAAAAACAUGCCUUUUAAACUGAGAUAUCUUUAGAGUUCUCUUGUGUGGAUUUGUAUACGUAUUCCUUAAAUAUUAGGUGCCCAAAAUUUUAAAAAACCCACACCAACCAACCAACCAGCAACAACAAAAAAAAUAAACAAAACCCAAAAGCCUCAACAAACCAAACAAAAAACCCCAAACCUGUAACCUCUCAAAUUUCAAAAGAAACAGAGAAAGAAAUACCUGUAUAUAUUCUGAUGCAAAACUCAGACCUAUAAUUAAAACAGAAUUUCUGCCAUAUGACCAG